AUGAAUCUAGAAGACGAAUCUGAUGAUGAAGAAACAUCGAAAUCAUCAACAAAUACAAAAAGUGACAAAAUGCGAAAAAUAACUCAUAGUGAAAUAGAACGUCGUCGUCGAGAAAAAAUGAAUCGUUAUAUAGAUGAAAUAGCCCAAUUACUUCCAAUAGAUGCAGUUAAAAAACUCGAUAAAUUAACCGUUCUACGUGUUGCUGUUGAUACAAUAAAACAUUUAAAAGGUACCACUUCAAAAGUUUCAUCAAGCGGUUUUGGUAAACAAAUAUAUUUAAAUGAUAAUGAAUUACUUGAAUUAAUAUUAGCAACAAUUGAUCAAUUAGGCACAUAUUUUUUUCUUAUAAUUGAAUGUCAAAAAGGUCGAAUUUGUUAUGCAUCAAGUUCAACUGAAACAACACUUGGAUAUAAACCAAAUGAAUUAUGUUCACAAUCAAUAUUUGAUAUUAUCUAUCCAGAUGAUAUUGAAAUAGUUAAACAACAAUUAAUGUGUGAAAAAAAGAUAUCAUCCAAUACAAAUGAAGAACCAUCAAGUGAUUCAAAAAAUGUUCCUUUAAUAACAACGAAACAAAAUUGUUUAGAAGUAGGAAAUCGACGUACAUUUUCUUGUCGUAUUAAAUCGAAAACAAAACGAUCAAGUAAAACAAUAACGACUAAUCCAAUAGAUAAUUAUAGUACAAUCGAUUUUGUUGGUUAUAUAAAACAAUAUUCUUUAGUUAAUGAUAAUGAAAAUGAAAUAAAACCGCGAACUGAUCGUCGACAGUCAACUUUUAGUGCAUUAACACCAUCCGAUGUUGUAAAUGCUAUUGGAACUAAUCCUGUUUCAUGUCUUAUAACAAUGGGUAAUUUAUGCAAACGGAUUGAAAAAUCGAAUCAAACUCAUGAAAAUAUAAAUACCAUUGAUAGAAUGUUUUUAUGCAAAUUAAAUCCUGACGGACAAUUUACAUAUUUCGAUCAAAUAUGUCAUUCUCUAUUGGGUUAUUUAUCACAAGAACUUCUUGGUAUGAAUUUAGGAGAUUUUAUACAUGAAGAUGAUCGAAACAAAAUAAAUGAAUUAUGGAAUCGAGUUUGUCAUGAUCGUCAGAUAGGAACAAGUGGUAAUUAUCGUUUUCGGACGAAAGAUAAUACAUAUAUUAUUCUACAAACCAUAUUUGAACCAUUUAUAAAUCCAUGGAAUGAUGAAAUUGAAAUAAUUGUUGCAAGAAAUAAAACUAAAGUAAAACCUACUCAAACACAUACGAUUUUUAGUACCAAAAAUGACAAUCCACUUAGUGUUGAUGUUGAUUCACCGUCGAAUUUAGAUUCAAAUGAACUUAUGCGUCAAUUACUUCCUUGA